AUGCUCUUCGCCACCGCAGCCGUCAUCCACAUAUCACCUACACGUCUGCACCCAUUGAAUCACCCGCUGGCACCCGCGAUGGCCGACGACCACAACGCGAGCGCAUCGACGCCCGAGCCGUGUGUGUCGGACGGCGACUGCGGUGGCGCCGGAGGGGGAGGUGUGGGCGGAGUAGUGGACGGCCCGCCGCCGAAGGCCGGCGAAUACCAGUUCCAGAUGUCGACGGAUCACGUGUUUAAAGGCAAACACGGGAAGAAGCUCUACAAGUGUGACCUCUGUCUGGCCGUCUAUCGGCACUCAUUCAGCCUUAAGCGGCACUUCAUUCGCUCGCACGUGAACUACGGCUACCUCUGCGACACCGAUGUGACCAACUGUGGCAUCAAUUUGGCCGCCAGUGCUUCGCUCCAGACGUGGCGCCAACAGCGGGCGGGAGAGCCGCCAGUUGUCGACCCGAACGACAUGCCAGAGCUGUACUGUUGCCACUCCUGUGUACUCUUCUUUGACGACUUGCCGGCCAUCAAAGCACAUGUGGACGACUGUCACCGGAACAACAGCUCCGGCACUAUAGAGCCCAUACGCAUCCCGUGCUCUCACUGUAACAUGUCUUUCAUACAGCGCCACAAUCUGGUCCGACACGUGGAGGUCGUCCAUCAGGGCAAACGCCUCUACGCCUGCAAACACUGUUCCAAACGCUUCCAGACGAUCGCCGACCGCAAGAAACACGAGAAGUCGAGUCACCAUCAGUCCAGACAACAACAGGACAGCCAUCACUUCCAGCAUCACAACCAACAGCUACCGCAAGAGCCCUAUUCGGCGCACAGUUCGCCGCAGGCUUCGCGACCGACAGCACAUCCCGGUCUGCAGAAGUCCGCGGCCAACAGUCAUCGGUCGGCAGCGGUUCACAAGUGCCUGAAAUGCGCGCAAUGGUUGCCAUCGUAUCCCGAGUUACGCAAACACGCGAUGAAACGCCACAAAGAGUGUUACCAUUCGUGCGGUUUUUGCAAUAAAUUUUAUUUCAUUAAAAAACAACUGACAAAACAUUUGCGACAAAAGCACGAGAAGACCGCCAAAGAGAACGCACAGAAGUUGCGGCUCAAGAAGUCUCGCAGAGGAGGGGGUAGUGGUGUUCGCGGCACAGAUGGAGGACUCACCGCACGGGAAGAGACGGCUUACAAGAGUGGGCAGAGUGUGGGCGCAGUGAUGGCUGGUGUGGCGGCGACUGCGGCCGCACAGCAACAGCUGUUACAGCAAAACCAAUUUCAAGCCUACUUUCACUGUUCGCUUUGUUACCGACGUUUCCUCACUUACGGCAGUCUUAUUCGCCACAAACAGGUCGCCCACCGGACGACACACUCCCGCAGCUGUUCCCCUGAGUGCCGUCGCCUGCCGGGCGGCUACCUGUCCCUCAACCGCCGCCUCGGCGCGCAGUCCCGAGUGCUCAAGCUCAAAAUGGUUAGAAACCGAGUCUUUCACCGGCUUUUGGACAACAUAAAGCAUGACGGCAAGUGUGCCAACUCUGGAACCGAUUACAAAGCGAUGCGCAACACAUCGCGCGUGUCGUCGGCCACAGCCGUCGGCACCGCUCUGUCGGCCAUAAAUCUGACGGAAUAUAACUUUCCCGAAGACUACGGCCGACAGACAUCGUCGCCGCCCUCCGCAGCGAACGCCGCGAAACUGGAAUUCCUAUUUGAUUGCAAUCUAAAUACAGUGAAGAACCCGAAGUUCGAGCCCUUACUCGUCAACACAACGGACACCGACUCUACGGCCCUAUCGGCGGCCGAACCGCCGCCUAAACCGCUAUACAUAUGCACGACGUGUCGACAGAAAGGCUUGUGCUCCGGCGGUGUUGACGAAGAGACCGUCAUAGUGACGAGUCUUCGUUUGCUACACAAGUGUCCGACGGCUCCCACUUUGGCCAACAAACGCGAGCGCAUCGGCGACUCGGAUGGCGUUCGCGAAGACAGCAAUAAUGACCGCCAAACGCCUCAACGCCUUAAAUGUACAAAAUGUGACGAAUCGAUGGCAACCGUAGCCCUCCUUCACAACCAUAUACUCGAAUGCGCCCACAAUUACAGCUCAACCCUUAAGAUCUUCGUCACCGCCGAAGACGGCGAUAAUAGUCAUGAAAAUGUCACGCAUCACGACAUCAGCACUCAAACCAUACCCACUGUCAGCCCAUCCGCCGCCUCAGUGGGCGACACAUCGCUCGCAUCGCAUUCAUCGACCGCUACGGACGCCAUCGUCGCCGCCGACAGCACUACAGACACGAGUUUGUCGUCAAACGCGACCGAAAAGGCGGCCGAACUCUCCUCUCCAUUGUCUCCCUCUAAGACCCGUUCGGGUAAACGACGACAAGUCAGUCCCGAAGAGCUCUUUCAGUACAAAAGGACCCGAAAUUCGUCAAAAAACUCGUCAAAUGAGUCGAUGGUAUCCAAGAAAUCAAACACCAGUUCCGAAGCGCGUGACGACAGCAGUGACCAGAAAACAGGCAAUAAGUUUGAUGACAAUUGUGUCGAUGGCAUCGACUCGACCACAGGUACCGACGGGACGACCAACGAAUGCAAUACCAAAUCGUCCAACGAUUCCAGUCUUCCAAAGCGUUAUUCUUGUAAAAAGUGUACAAAAAAGUUCGUAUAUAAGGACUCGCUAUCCAAACACCAAAUGUCUUGUAAACGUCUGUUCAGUCAAACGGUGGCCAACAGUGGACGCCAUACAAGAACUUUGAGACAAUCGACACAAUGUCAGCAAAAAGUGCUGUCAAUCAGUGAAUUGAAAGCAAUUGCGAGAGAAGCCAAACAGACAUCAAUUGUUGUCAAAUGUGACGAGAAUUUGGCCGCAAAUGAAGACACAGAAGUGGAGGACGAGAUGGAGGCCGAAGAGGAAGACGACGGAACGGAAUGCGAGGCCGAACCCGACGACGAGAAGCCCGCGUCGCCCACCACUGGUCCCGAAGGGAGUGCAACGCAAACACCAAAACCUCAGACGGAUAGCAGCGGUGCCGACACUACGGACUCGCAGGCACUUCAAGAGCAUCGCUGUCCCGAUUGUGACCGCAUUUUCACAUAUUUGGCAAAUUUCCGCAAACAUAUCAAAAACAUUUGCCCGAAACUACGCAAACAGGUCGCCACUGACAGCCCAUCAGUCGAGUCGACGCCACCGCCGCUCACCUCAACACCCAUUCCUCGUACGGCCGAAGACCACACGUCGACACCGGAUGUGAUUGUUAUUAAACAAGAGCUGGACGUCGAAGCGAAGGACAGUAAUAACAACAAUGACUGCAAUAAAAGCGUUUCCACAGAUGAAGAGUCGGCAGAGAUUAAGACUAAAGCCGUGGACGACGACGAAGAGGAGGUGUCCAGCGUUUUGCCGAAAGACGAGUCAAAACUGGAUUUAUUUCGUGUGAAACAAGAGAACCCAAUGUUCGCCUUCAAAGGCUCUCCAGCUCAACACCACUCGUGUCCGUACUGUCAGAGAGGGUUCACAUAUUUGGCUAAUUAUAGGAAACACAUCAAAAGUAUUUGUCCGAUUCGGCAACAAAUUGACGACAAGAAGCAACAGGUGAUCGACAACUCGGCCACAGACGGCGCCGACGGCUCGCCCGCCACCGCAUCCAAACACCUCAACACAGAUCUGCCGCCGACUCUCGUCUUCACCCCCUCUUCCCUAUCAGUGAGGAGUCAAAUCGAAGACACAGUUCUCACACUAUUGAGAGAUCAGACAAAACAGGAUCAGAUCCUACAGUCGUCCGAACAACUCGUAAAGUCUAAACAGAGCCACAGAACGGAUGGCCAGUCGUCUGGAGGCCAACACUCGGAUUCAGAGGCGACGGAUGAGUCGCGAGAGGACACGACGAGAGGCGACGAAAGCAAAGACAGUGUAAAGAAAGAGUGGACACAAUCGUCGGCCACAACAACCCCUACGAAGGGCUCGUCGUUUCGGUUUCGCACGUUUUCGUGCAGUAUUUGUCACAAAAUAUUCUUAUCGUACGUAACAAUGCUUAAGCACCGGCUCUCUCACAAACUGUCCGACGGUUCGGCCGCCGCUGCCGUCACCGCCGCCGACGAUGACAGCGCACUCUCGACGGCCACUCACUUGUCGGCCGACGACGAGUUGGUUGAGUCGAAUCGCGACAAAGAGGCGGCGAAUCAGGCCUUAGCCGCCAGUAUUCUCAAGCGAUCUAAAGAUGUGAUUAUCAGCAAAAUGCGCGUUCACUCGACGGCAGCCGUCGGCCGCAGCAGUGCUGCCAAAGUGACCACCGCUUCGGGCCAUAAGAAGGUGCAGACAGUGAUCAAUACGACGGAUCUGUUGGAGAAGUUGGCGCGCGGGGGCAUCACUACAGACGCCAUACACCAGUUGUCGGCCGCGACUGUCCCUAAGACCGGCCGGUCGUGCGCUGCGAAAGGCAAAGAAGUGAUUACUAUUGAGACAAAUAAUAACGAUUCGCAGACUUUUAAUCUGCAAUUAAGUGCCUCUACUUCUGGAGCCAAUCAAAUGACGACAAGUGACGGCUCGUUGGAUGAGAUGGUGAUCGACGGCAAACACUUGACUGAUGUGCUGAAGGAGGGGGUGAUUGUGGCCCAAGACUUGCAGCACUUGAUGACCGUCAGCGACGGUGUAGUGACGGGCGAGUCGUCGGCGGGAGUGGUUUGUGACGAGGGAUCGGCUAAAUGUGCGGAAGUGUUACUCAAUUUGGAUGACAUGGAGAGCGGGAAUGAAGUGUGGAUUACAAUCACUGGAGACUCGAGUGCCUUAAUACAAGUGCCCACAACUCAUACCAAUCAGAAUUCUAGCCCUAAAUAGCAUUCAAUUAUAAUUAAUAUAUAUUUUAUUCAAUGAACGCAUAAUUGAAACACAAAUUUUCCCAUAAA